ACGUAAAAUUUAUGCCUCUUGACUCGAGCUCUCUUCCAUCCAACCCUACGCGCUAUAUCCUUAUCCGUCCGAAACCAUUACACUCAAAUCGAACCCUCAUUCUCAAUUCCUCUUUCUUCCUCCCUGCCCUUCCGCAGCCGCUUCUCAUCGCACCGUCUCGUAGUUUCGCCCUCUUCGUCUUCCCCAUCAUGAACCGAGAAAAACUCAUGAAGAUGGCAGGUGCAGUCCGCACUGGUGGAAAAGGCAGUAUGCGCAGGAAGAAGAAGGCAGUUCACAAGACCCCAACUACAGAUGACAAAAGGCUUCAAAGCACUCUGAAAAGAAUUGGGGUGAACACUAUCCCUGCUAUAGAAGAAGUCAAUAUUUUUAAAGAUGACAUUGUCAUCCAGUUUCCUAAUCCAAAAGUGCAAGCUUCAAUUGCAGCCAAUACAUGGGUGGUCAGCGGUUCUCCCCAGACUAAAAAACUUCAAGAUUUGCUACCUGCAAUCAUCAACCAACUAGGCCCUGAUAACUUAGAGAACUUGAGGAAGCUUGCAGAACAGUUCCAGAAACAAGCACCAGCUGCUUCUGCUGCUACGGGUGAAGAAGAUGAUGAUGAUGUCCCAGAGCUGGUGCCUGGAGAGACAUUUGAAGAGGCUGCAGAGGAAAAACAAGCUUCAUAAUCGCAAUACUCGAGGGCAACUCUAGUCUUUUUCUCUCAGUUUUCUUGAUCAUCGUUACUUAUCAGUUGUGAUUUGGUGAUAGUACCAUAAGUCAACUCCUCCAGCCUAUUCUAACUAGGAAGACUCUUGUCAGAGGUCGUAAUCUUUGUUCCUUUUGCAUGCUUGCGAUGUUCUCAGCCGAGGUAACGAGUUGUAUGAAGAUUUGCAGUUUGCUUAGAAAACACAGUAAUGUUGGGACAGGUCUUCAUCAACUUGUAUCAAUGUAAUGGUCUAUAUUUUGGCUUUCCUUGA